AUGGCUGACGCGAUGGCAAUGCAGUCGGCAGUCCGUCUGCCAACUCCGCCGCCAGGUGUUUCGUACUCGCCGCGCGCAUCCGUCCCUCGCAAACGGUCACCUACCUCGCGUUCUCCUUCGCCAGACCGUCGCCGUCGUGCACCAGCUCAAGCAGAAGCAGGGAACGGCCAGCAUGAACCGGAUGCGAGAGAACAAGAGUUGGCGGAGCGAUUUCGCCGACCUCAAAGGCCUGCUGCCUCCAAGCCCCUGACAGAGGAGGAGAAACAAGCAGCCGCAAAGGCUGAGUAUGAAAAGCUCCUGACCAUGCGCUCUGGAGGUACAUAUAUACCUCCUGCAAGACUCCGGGCUCUCCAGGCUCAGAUAACCGAUAAAUCGAGCAAGGAAUAUCAACGUAUGGCAUGGGAGGCUCUGAAGAAGUCGAUUAACGGGUUGAUCAACAAGGUCAACGUUUCGAAUAUCAAGCAUAUCGUGCCGGAGCUGUUUGGUGAAAAUUUAGUUCGUGGUCGAGGCUUGUUCUGCCGUAGUAUCAUGAAAGCCCAGGCUGCCAGUUUGCCAUUUACUCCAAUAUAUGCUGCCAUGGCCGCCAUCGUGAACACAAAACUACCCCAGGUCGGAGAGCUACUCUUGCAUCGAUUGGUCGUGCAGUUUCGUAAGGCGUUCAAGCGCAACGACAAAGCAGUUUGCAUAUCCUCAACUACGUUUAUUGCGCAUCUAUGCAAUCAGCAGGUGGUGCAUGAGAUGGUUGCUGCUCAAAUAUUACUUUUGCUGCUCCAUAAACCUACCGAUGACAGUGUCGAGAUUGCCGUUGGGCUCACAAGAGAAGUUGGACAACAUUUGGAAGAAAUGAGUGGCCCCAUUGCUUUAGCUGUGUUUGACCAGUUCAGACACAUUCUACACGAAGCAGACAUCGAUAAACGUGUACAAUACAUGAUCGAGGUCUUGUUUCAAGUCAGAAAGGAUCAGUUCAAGGACAACCCUGCCAUUAAGGAAGAGCUUGAUCUUGUUGAGGAAGAAGAUCAGAUCACACACCGCGUUGGCCUGGAUGAUGAGAUCAACGUUCAAGAUGGGCUGAAUAUUUUUAAAUUCGAUGCCCAGUGGGAAGAGCACGAGGAGGCCUACAAGAAGCUAAAGGCUGAGAUUCUUGGAGAGGGAAGUGAUGACGAAGAUGAGGACGAGUCAGAAGCUAGCUCUGAUGAAGAAGAGGAUGAAGAAGAGAAAGAGAUGGACAUCAAAGACCAGAGCAACACCGAUCUCGUCAAUCUACGGCGAACCAUCUACCUAACAAUCAUGUCCAGCAUCGACUUUGAAGAAUGCUGUCACAAACUGAUGAAAAUCAACCUUCCUGUUGGCAAGGAAUCUGAGCUACCAUCCAUGAUCAUAGAGUGUUGUUCACAGGAACGCACCUAUUCCAAAUUCUAUGGUUUAAUCGGUGAACGAUUCGCCAAAAUCAACAGAUUAUGGGCUGAUCUUUUCGAAACUGCCUUCUCUACGUACUACGAUACCAUUCAUAGAUACGAGACGAACAGGCUACGGAACAUUGCCCGAUUUUUCAGCCAUAUGCUCAGUUCCGAUGCUCUGGGCUGGCACGUCUUGUCUAUCAUACACCUGAAUGAAGAGGAGACAACCUCUAGUAGCCGUAUCUUUAUCAAGAUUCUCUUCCAAGACCUUGCUGAGGUUCUUGGAAUGACCAAACUACAGGAACGGCUCAAAGACCCUGUUCUCCUACCUAGCUAUGACGGAAUAUUCCCGACUGAUAAUCCUCGCAACACCCGUUUCUCUAUAAAUUACUUCACCAGUAUUGGAAUGGGCGUUCUUACCGAAGACAUGCGUGAGCAUCUUAAAAAUAUACCCAAACCAACCGUGCCCGCCAUAAAAGCACCUGAAUCGGAUUCUGAGUCUGUCAGCUCCUACUCCAGCUACAGCUCACGCAGUUCACGCAACCGGUCACCUCGUUCUCGUUCCCCAUCCCGGGGCCGUCGCAGUGCCCGCGGAAGGUCAGCGUCGUACUCCCUCUCUCGCACCCCAUCAAGCAGAUCUAGGAGCCCAUCUCGGAGGCGCCGCAGAAGCUACUCUAGAUCGAUAUCACCAACCCCUCCUCCACAGCGCCGAGCUAGGCGUGCAUCUUCGUACUCCCUCUCCCAUCUGCAUCUGCAUCACCACACCCCGCACUCGCACCCGACGCUCACUUUCUUACUCACGCUCUCGCUCUCGCUCAGUUACUCCUCCCCGGUAUCGCCGCCGGAGGGAAAGCGAGUCACGCUCUGUCUCCCCCUCUCCUUCACCCCCUCCCCGUAG